AUCGGCAUUUGGGGUAAGAUAUCCGAGGACCCAAACACUACAAAUUCGAUACGAACAAGGCGCACGAAUCAAUAACAGACACCUAUAAAACGCGAAUCUCACACAUCUCACCCUCUCAUACUCCCUCUCUCACGUUCUUUGUGCUCUCCGCCUCCAUCUCUUUCUCUCUCCAGCUCCCAUUUCUCUCAAUUUUCUUCUCGGAUCUCUGUCCCUCUUCCUCUCUCCGUGGGAUCUAUCGAUGGCUUCAGUCGCAGCUACAUCGAUUUCGAAGGCCCCUUUCUCAUGCUCUUUCAAGCAGAACCUGGCACCUACAAGAAUCUCAAAUCUGAGUUCAGUUUCUUUGUCUGUCAAGGGGAUUAGCUAUCCAUCGCUCAGGUUGCAACCGGGGCAAUCCCGCUUCCGGGUUUCCUGCGCUGCCAAACCAGAGACUGUGAACAAGGUGUGUGAAAUAGUCAAAAAACAGCUGGCACUACCAGAUGGCUCUGCUGUCAGUGGAGAGUCAAAGUUUGCAGCACUUGGAGCUGAUUCUCUCGAUACGGUUGAAAUUGUGAUGGGCCUCGAGGAAGAAUUUGGAAUCAGUGUGGAAGAAGAAAGUGCCCAGAGUAUCACCACCGUUCAAGAAGCAGCCGAUCUUAUUGAGAAGCUCAUGGAGAAGAAGGAUGCUUAGAAGUUGGAGACGAGAAAUUUGGGACAGCCUAUGGGAACUUUUCUUCAGGUUGCCUAUUAUUCUCAAAUAUUUGUAGUUGUAUUUGUCCCCCUGGUCAUGGAAAGUUGAGCGGACUUGUUACCCACCCCCCUAGGUUUUUCCUGGUUAUUUAGUCCAUAUUUCAUUAAACUCUUGUUGUCCCCUUUUUGGUUAGAAUUAAUUUGAAUGCCUUCUUAAGUUAUCCUGCUUUUGUGUUCUUUCCUUUGGAGACCACCUUGAAGCAUGUGUUUUGGCUAGAUAUAUAAAAACCUCCUCGAGGAGCACAAUUUAUUGAACAAAAA